GCCACUCAGAAAAAAAGAGGUUAAUAUCAACUCAGAGCGGCGGAGGGAGGGAGAGAGAGGGGGCAGAAAACGCCCUGGAAAUCUGGUUGAUCAAGAAAUCGAAAAAGACUGACAGAGUCCUAGCAGACUGCGAAGGCGUGACAGUGUGAAAGUGUUUUUCUUGGAGUGAGGAGAAGUGGAGAAGUUUUCAAGGAUGCUCAAGCAGGCGUGAGGCUUCUCGGGCGCUAAGGCUGCGCACAGAAGUCAAGAAUACAAGAACAGAAGCAAUAAACUGAAGCUCCUUGGCUUUGCUUGAGCAAUCCAAGGAAAACAAAGAGAAUUUGUGCUACAACGAGGCUUGAAUUGAAGAAAACAAAAACAAGAUGGCUGACGAAGAGGAGACAAGGGAGGUACUCUUUCCAGAUUGGGAAGGUGCUGACAAAACUGGCAUGACCAUUGAACAGACAAGUGGGGGACAGCUCUUUGUUAAGGAGGUGAAAGGAGAGUCACCAGCAGCACGGUCUGGAAAAGUAUAUGAAGGUGACCAAAUUGUGGGUGCCACUAUCUACUUUGAAAAUAUGAGUUCUGAAGAAACAGCAGAUCUACUAAAGACACUGAACAAACACAAGGUUGGACUGAAACUACAAAACAAAGGAGACAAAUCCCCUUACUACUCACCGCUGAGCACACCAUGUCGUUCACCAGUCAGCACCCUUACAUGGGAAGGAAAGACCCGCUUUGGAGAUUCCAGUCCAGAUAUCAUUCUUAGUGGAGAUGAUGAAGAUUAUAAGCGAAUAUACACAAGAAAGAUAAAACCAAGGCUGAAAUCUGAAGACCUUGCAGAGGGAGUGGAUGUUCGCACGGAGCGGCACAGCAGCACAAGCAGCGAUGGCAGCACAAUUACUACCAUCACUCGUCGUAUCACUACUUACACAGUAGAUAUGCCAAGUGGCAUAAGUGAGCAACUUGAACUUUCAAGCCCAGGGCUAAGGGACGAAUCUGGAGAUGGAUCUUCUCAUAUCAGAAUCUCACAUGGCAGCCCUUCAGGUAAAAUGGGAGCAGAAGAAGGUGUUUUUGAGUCAGGCGACAUAACUUACACUGGGCCAAAUAUCACUUCCACUGUGACACGCUGGGGCAAUGGUGGGGUUCAAACUACAAUGCAUAUAGGAGAGGAAAAAGAAAGAAGUGAUCUUAGAUUUAAGGUUCCUAGCUUUGGAGUAACAGGUAGUAAAUGCCAUGAAGGCACUGAAACUUCAAGAGGGAGUAGAGAGCAAGGAGAUGAAAGUGUUCAGGAUUCAGAAAUAAGUGUGACACUAAGAGACAACAAAAACACUGCCAGCAGCCAUGUUACAGCUGGGUCAGGGGGUGCUGGGAUAAUUUCAACUGACGAAAACGGAGGAUCAGGUAGUCUGUCUUUACCAGGAAAAGGAAUGAAAAUUUUGACUGCAACCACAGAGAAAACACAGAUGGGAAGUUCAGACAGUAAUUUAGAUGAGAGGACAAAAGUUAAGAUAUCUGGAAUUACAAUCAGUCCCCUGCAGACGAAAGGAUCAGGUAGUACUGACAUUCCACAUAUCAGAAUAGGAGGAUCGACAGAUACUGAUGCAAAUUUGAAAGAUGGCAGGAUAGAAAAAUCAACAAUAACAUUAGAUAAUGUUACCUCAGGACUUUCUUCAAAAAAAUCUGAACUGGACAUCAAAGGAGCCGGUGUUCAGAUCAAGGGCCCCAGAGCCAACACUGAAGGGUCAGUUUUGAGUGUAAGACAUUCAGAGUCUGAAAGUGACAUCGGAAGUGCUGAAAUCAACUCUAAUAUUCAAAUCAAACUCCCAACAACUGAUAGCAAAUACAAAAUGGAUGUUAAUGUUCCAUCCAUAUCUGGGCUGAACAAGGUUGAGGGAAAAGGUGAUUUAACUGGUGAGAGAAAUACAGCAGGACUGAAAUUUGACAUUAAAGGUUCAAAUACAGACACUGAGAGGAAAGCGGGAACAAACGCUCAUGUACAAAUUCCUGAAGCUGACAUUAAAGCAAUAAAACCUUCUAUUGACAGUAAGGAUGUAAAGAUUAAAGGACCCAGUGUUGAUAUUAAAAGAACACAAGUAAAUGUCACAGUGCCUGCUGCAGAAUUUGGAGUUCCAAAAGCAGAGCGUCUAGAUGUUGAUCUAAAACUUUCCAAAUCCAAAACUGACACCAAAAUACCUAAAGUUGAAAAUAAAGCAGGGAUAACAGGGGAGAUAAAAACGCAUAAGAUUGAUGUCAAAGGUCUAGAGAUAAACCUUCCCAGGACUGGUAUUGAUGUUAAAGCACCUGAUUUUGAUAUUACAGGACCACAAGUGGACACAGAAGACCUUGAUGUGAAUCUCAAAGGAUCAAAAAUAGAACUACCAUCAUUGUCGGGAACUAAACUGAAAGAUUUGGACAUGAGUGUGAAAGCUCCCAAAAUGAAGGGAAAUGUUGAUGUACCAAAGCUUGAGAGGGAUAUAAAAGCUCCAAAAAUGAAGAUUGAAGGAAAAGAAAUUGACAGUGAAGGCCAAACCAGUGGACUUAUUAUGUCCAAUAUUAAAAUUCCAUCUCUUUGCAUAAAAGGUCCAAAGCCUGAAGGUCAGGAUGUGAAUAUUAACCUUUCAAAGACUGAAAUUAAUGUUAAAGCACCUGAAGUCGAUGUAUCAUCAUCACGGGGACCCAAAUUGGAGGAGUUCAGCAACACUGUAAAAGGGCCGAAACUCAAGGGAGAUGUUACUGUAUCAGCUCCAAAGAUGGAGGGAGACCUACAAGCUCCAAAAGUGGACAUUGAAGGAAGAUAUGUUAAUAUUGAGGGCCAUAAAGGAGGAGUUAAAAUGUCCAAAGUUGAAAUGUCAUCCUUUGGUGUGAAAGGUCCAAAAGUUGAAGGUCCAGAUGUUGAUGUCAGCGUUCCUAAAGGUGAUAUUGAAAUCAAAGCUCCCAACAUUGAUAUUAAAGGAGCUGACAUCAAUGUUGAGGGUCCGAGUGGAAAGAUCAAAGGACCACAAUUCAAGAUGUCAGGUAUAUCCGGGCCUAAAAUUUCCAUGCCUGAUGUGGAUUUCAAUCUGAAAGGCCCCAAAGUUGAAGCCAAGUUCAAACUGCCAUCACUGUCAGGACCCAGCCUACCAGACUUUGACAUUAAUUUGAAAGGGCCCAAACUCAAGGGAGAUGUUGAUGUGUCAGCUCCAAAGAUUGAAGGCGAUAUUAAAAUCCCUGAAGUAGAUGUCCACGGUCCCAAGAUGGACAUUGGCUCUCCACAGGGAAAAUUUUCAGGGCCCAAGGUAAAGUUUCCAACAAUAAGUGGCCCCAAAAUGUCCCUGCCAGAUGUUGACAUCAAUUUAAAGGGACCAAAGUUGAAAGGAGAUAUGAAGGGGGAUUUUCAACUAUCAAAACCUGAAAUUGAGGGACCAGAUGCUUCAAUUGAUAUUCCAGAAACUGGUUCAAAGAAAAUGAAAUUCAAAAUGCCAAGGUUUGGUUUCAAGGGUCCAAAGCUAAAUGCACCAGACAGUGAGGUGAAAUUGCCUCAAGGUGACAUCAACCUCAAAGGAAAAACUGGCAGCCUUGAGGGUGUGGACCUUGAUUUGGAACUGUCUACACCAAAAGCCAAAGGAUCUAAAUUCAAAAUGCCAAAAUUUGGAUUUAAAAGCCCAAAGGUUGAGAUUCCAGAUGCUGAUAUAAAUGUUUCAACACCUAAGACUGAAAUAGAGACACCGGAAGUGAAAAUAGAAACACCUGAUAUUGAUGUUGAGGGUCCAAGUGGGAAGAUCAAAGGACCAAAAUUCAAGAUGCCAAAUAUCUCAGGACCAAAGAUGUCCAUGCCAGACAUAGAUUUCAAACUAAAAGGUCCUAAAUUUGAAGGUGAUGUUAAUAUACCAAAGGCUGAAGGAAAAAUAAAGGUACCUGAGGUGGAUAUAAAAGGCUCAGAGAUUGACUUGGAAGGCCCAAAAGGUGGACUGGAUAUGCCCAAAAUUAAAAUGCCAACAUUUGGCUUUAAAGGUCCAAAGGUUGAGGGUCCAGAUGUUGACAUAAACCUUCCCAAAGCUGAUGUCAAUGUCAAAGGACCUGAAGUUGACAUUAAAGGAGUGGACAUUGAUGCCGAGGGUCCGAGUGGAAAGAUCAAAGGACCAAAAUUCAAGAUGCCAAGUUUAUCCGGGCCUAAAAUUUCAAUGCCUGAUGUUGAUUUCAAUCUGAAAGGCCCCAAAGUUGAAGGUGAGGUGGAUAUUCCAAAGAUUGAAGGAAAAAUGAAAGCACCGGGAGUUGAAAUUGAGGGACCGAAAUUUGACAUCGAAGGUCCAAAAGGUGGAUUUGAAAUGCCCAAAAUUAAAAUGCCAACAUUUGGCUUUAAAGGUCCAAAGGAUAUCAAAGGUCCAGAGAUUGACAUUCAAGGACCCAAAAGUGCACUUAAUAUGCCCAGUAUUAAAAUGCCAUCUUUUGGUUUGAAAGGUCCAAAAGUUGAGGAUCCAGAUGCUGACAUACACCUUCCCAAGGCCGAUAUCAAUGUAAAAACUGCUAACAUCUCUAAUGAUGAUGAAAAGACUGCUGUUACCUUUCCUAAGUUUAAAGGUCCUAAGUUUGCAAUGAAAACCCCAGUUCUCGAAGAGUCUAAAUCCAAUAUCAAGAUGCCCAGUACAGCACCAAAAAGUCUCAAAACAGAAGUUAGUUUCCCAGACACUGACGCAAGUGUUGAUGCCGCUGAUAUUGACAUCAAUGUAAAGGGGAAAAAAGGAAAAUUUAAACUUCCAAAAGUUAAAGGAAAGGCAAAGAAACCUGAUGUUGACAUAGAAACACCAGCAACAGAAAUCAAUGCAGACAUAACAAACAGUUAUGCUAAAGGAACAAAAACAAAGAAAUCUCGGUUUGGAAAGCUUCAUUUUCCUGAUGUAGAAUUAGAUAUAAAAUCACCAAAACUAAAAGGAGAAGGAUCUUUAUCUGCCAUUGAUGGCUCUGGCAGUCAUAGUGCAAAUGUUAACUUGGAAGGGUCAAACAUGAAAGUAAAAUCUUCUAAUAUUAAAAUGCAAAGCGGGACUGAUUCAGAAAUAAACGCAAGUGCUUCAGGAGGAAGUGCAAGUGGUGGCCUUCAGUACCCAGAGGGUAAAGUCACAUUUACCAAAAUCACAAUGCCAAAGUUUGGCAUUGUGUUGCCACAGGUGGAAACCAAAGAAAGUGGAGGAAAUAUUGAAUCAGAACCUGCAGCUAGUGUAGACAUCAAGACAGAAUCUCCAUCUAUUAGUUGCCAAGUCAGUUCUCAAAAUAUUGAGGUUCCCAGUCCAGAGCUGAGACAGGAAGGCAAAGUUAAGGUAAAGAUGCCAAAACUUUUUGGCAAAUCAAAAGCGAAGGGCAGUAGUGUAGGUGACCUUCACGGAUCAGAGGCAGAAUUAAGUAGCAGUGGAAAAGCAGGUAAGACCUCUAAAGAGCUAAGUGUACAUUCUGGGGAAAUGAUGGGUGGAAAAAUAGAAUUAGAGGGUGAUCCUGGACUGGGUUUGUCAACUAAAGGCAAAUCAGCCUCACUUGAUCUUUUUAAGAAAUCAAGACAUCGAUCUUCCUCUUUCAGUGAUGAGGGGGGAGUUAGUUCUCCUUCAGCUCAAUUAGAGGCUGAAGGUGGUGACAUUUCUUUAGAUCUCGGAAGCAAGGUAAAGGGAAAGAAAGGCAAGCUUAAGUUUGGUACUUUUGGAGGUUUUGGUUCAAAGUCAAAGGGCUCAUAUGAAGUGACACUGGGAGAUGACAGUGAAGCACGAAUGGAGGGGAGUGCAGGUGUUUCGCUACCUGCUAAAAAAUCAAGAUUGUCUUCAUCCUCUAGCAGUGAUAGUGGUUCAAGAGGUGGUUUGAGGUUCCCCAAAGUUGAGCUAUCAGUUUCACCCACAAAGUGAUAAAGAGACAAAUUAAAACCUCAAUUACAACCAAAUGUAUUCUCCUAAUAUUGAAAAUUGCUCUUUGUUUCUUUAAAACCUAAGGAGACAUGCACAAUCAUCUCAGUGUGGUUAAUUAUGAAUAUCUUUUAGUAAUCAAACAGAAGUGCAUGAGAUUGUUUAAAAUCCCUUCAAACUGUAAAUAAGAUUAAUUUGUAAUAAUAAAUAUUGUUUUUUGUAUAUAGUCCAGAUUUAAUAAAUAUAUGCCAUCUCACACCAAUAGUUUGUUACAGGGUUUUCUCACUGUGUUCUUUUUCAUUCUAUUAAAUAAAUGUUAAUGAAUGGUUGUGGUAUAUUUGUGUCCAGGGGUCUAUUGCACAGAACCUAUAUGUUUUUUUUUUUUUUAAAGAUUAAAAUGUUGUUUAUUCACUCAAAUACAGUUACCUUUUUAAGUAGGGAGUGAUUUUAUUUUCAAACUUUAAUAAUAUAUAAUCAGUAAGUAAAGAUGCCUUUUUAUAACACAUUGUAAAGAGUGAUAAUGUAUAUACCAAUACUGUAACUGUUUUUACAUUUUCAAGUGCUGUCAGUAGUGUUCUGUUCAUUUUAAACAAAAUGUAUUUGCUUAAAUUUGCCGUUUAACACAAAUAUUCAUUUGGUUCAGUUAUUUUAAACAGGAUCUCUUUCCUAAUCAUGUGUUAUUGUCACUCAUUAAUGGUCUGUUUAAUGAUUUUAUUUCAUUCUGUCACUCUCUCUCUUUGUAUACACACCAUAUGCUUGCAUUAAGUGUCACAAAUAGUACCCCCUUGAUGUUAAUUUGUUUGCAUACAAAUUCUUUGUUGAUAGACAAAGAAAUAGUAUUGACUAGAUGCAAGAGAGAUCAUUAUUUGGGUCUAUUUUUUUGUGUGCAAUCUACCAAAUAAACUAAAUAAAAAAAC